AUGGAAAGAGAGGAAGAAAUCAGUGAGGAACAAAGAAAACGGGCCGACGCAAACCGGGCCGCUGCUCUUGCCAAACGCAAGGCCGCGCUCUCGAGCACUGAACGAGCCACUCAUCUCACAAACAACCCCUGGACACUCUUCAAAUGCCGCAAGCUCUCUCCCAAGGCCAUCGCCAUACCCAAGCAGCCCAUUGCUGCUGAUUCGAUCAAGACAAGCGUAAACCCGGAGAAAUUUCGCGCUCGGUUCGAAAUUUGCUCGCCGGAUUCUUUUUCAAUCACUCCUGUUCAUGUUGAGGGUUUUGUAUUUCCCGGCGAAGAUGUUUGCUUUCAGACGCUGAGCGAUCGUCUCUCCAGUGUUUUAUCUCGCGACACCCAGACCAUUGGUGGUGGCCAGUCCCGUGUUUACAGGCUUUAUGAUUAUCACUUGGUCCUGAAGUCAUUAAAGAAUUGCAAGGACAUUGAGUGUGAAGAGAUACCUUGGGGAACCUUGAAUGUUGUCGAGAGGCUUUCACAUUCAUUUAUUGCUGGACGGUGGAUACCUUGUAGACCUGAGCAUCUCCCUGAAGAGAAGGUAGAUGAGUUGAUUGGUGAGCUCCCCAAACCUUUGUUAAAUGCUUUAUUACCUUUUCAACUUGAUGGGGUUCGCUUUGGACUGAGGAGGGGUGGUUGCUGUCUCAUUGCUGAUGAAAUGGGGCUGGGGAAGACCCUCCAGGCUAUUGCGAUUGCAGGCUGUUUCAUGAAGGAAGGUUCCAUAGUAGUCAUAUGUCCUGCAAUUUUGAGACAUACAUGGGCUGAGGAGUUGGAGCGCUGGUUUCCUUGUUGUCUGCCUUCUGAUGUUCACCUAGUUUUUGGCCAUCAAGACAAUCCUGCACGGUUGCCUAAAAUUCCCAAAAUUGUGGUGAUAUCGUACAAUAUGCUUCGUCGUUUGCGAAGUAGCAUGUUGGAGCAAAAGUGGGCCACCUUGAUUGUCGAUGAAUCGCAUCACCUACACUGUAACAAAAAAGCAGUAGAAAAUGAUGAGCUAAAAGCUGUACUUGACAUGGCUGCAAAGGUCAAGCAUCUUAUUUUACUGUCAGGAACUCCCUCUUUGUCGAGGCCUUAUGACAUUUUUCAUCAAGUAAACAUGUUGUGGCCAGGUUUGCUUGGAAAGACGAAAUAUGAGUUUGCGAAAACAUAUUGCUCUGUCAAAUUUGCCCGAGGUUGUCAAGGAAGAAUUUAUCAGGAUUUCUCAAAGGGGACACGCUUGGAGGAAUUAAAUGUGUUACUAAAGCAAAGUGUUAUGAUAAGACGCCUAAAGGACAACGUUUUGCUGCAGCUACCACCCAAACGUCGUCAGAUUAUUAAAUUAGCUUUAAGGAAGUCAGAUAUAAAUUCUGCGAUGGUGACUCUUGGGCUUGAAAUUGGUGAUGCGUCUGUGGACACUAAUGCUGAAAGCGCUUCUUAUCAUGUUUCCGACAAAGAUGAAGAUAUUGACAUGAAUAAGAAAUUGUCGCUUAAGCUCUCGGCCCUUGGUUUAGCAAAGCUGGCUGGAUUCCUUGAGUGGCUCUCUAUACAUCCGAUAAUGGUAGAGGCAGAUGGAAACGGAACCUCCGAAGAGAGUUCCAGCUCCCACAAAAUGAUAGUAUUUGCUUAUCACCAUAAGGUUCUUGAUGGGGUGCAGGCAUUUUUAUGUGAGAAAGGAACUCAUUUUGUUCGUAUUGAUUGCACCAUAACUGGUAAUGAUAGACAGUCAGCUAUCCAGUCUUUCCAACUAUCAAAGAAGGUUAAGAUUGCGUUGAUUGGUAUUCGUGCUGGAAGCUCUGGGCUUAAUUUAACGUCAGCAGAUAAUGUUGUGUUCUUGGAAUUACCUACGACACCAGGAGAUAUUCAACAGGCUGAAGAUCGUGCUCAUAGGCAUGGGCAGACGAGACCAGUGAACAUUUACAUUUUUUGUGCAAAGGACACUUCGGAUGAGUUACAGUGGCAGCAGCUGAAUAAGAGUUUGCUUUCUGUUUCCUGUACAGUGAAUGGAAAGCAUGACGCUAUACAGGAAAUAGAGGUGGAGCGUGUUUCUUGUUUUGAGAACACCACAAAUACGAGUGAGAAGGGGGACCAACCAAUAAAAUUUCAAAAUUCUUGUUUAAAUCUUGAGUCGCACUCGCAACUUCCAGUGGCAUCUUGUGACACAAGCACGAAUGUGCUCGAUGCUAGUGAUGAAAAGCAUGAAAGUGGAAUCAUGCUAAAUGAAGAUAAGCGUGUCAGUGAAGAUGAACUUGAGGUGAAGAGUUCUAUGCAAUCAACCCAUCUUCGGUUUGAGGUAGUAAGCCAACAUACUGGAAGGAUCCACUUGUACUCCUGUAUCCCAGAAACUAAUUCAAGACCAACACCGCUUUUUAAGAAUUUUCGGCAAGAAGAAAUCGAAUGCCACUCAGUUGCAGAGAUUAAUGAGAAAACUGGUGAUAAGUCCCCUGAAGAUAUUUCACUGUAUAUUGGAGCUCUUAUGGAUUUCAUCAAGGAAUGGAAGGAGCUCAGGCCGAUUGAGAAGAAGAAAUUGAUGAAUAAACCUUUGCAACUUCCACUGUCUUAUGAACUCUGCUAUUUGAAUGAAAGCUCGACCCAUGAUGUUGAGGGACUAUUGAGAGGUGGAAGUAAAAGGCGUAAAACACCUGUGGCAGAGAUAAGCUGUCCAUUACCGUCAAAUGCUUCCUGGAGAAAAGUCAGCCUAAAUAGUGAUCAUGGUCAGAAAGAGAAACUCUACACUCAGGGUUGGACUGAUGUAAAUGAACCCCUCUGCAAGCUAUGCCAGACUCCCUGCAGGGGAAUCAAUGCUACAGUGCCUCAAUAUUUCGAGGACCUGUUUUGUAAUUUGCAAUGCUUUGAAGAGUAUCGCUCACGAACUAGCAGUAGAUUUCUUCGCCAGGAGCUUUUCAAAAUUGAGCAUGGCAUUUGCACAAAUUGCAAAUUGAAUUGUCAUCAAUUAGUGAAGAACUUGAAAACUUUACCAAUUGAGAAGCGAGAAGCGCAUAUCCAGAAAGAGGCACUAAAAAUAUCAAAACGCCAUAAACUGUAUGUUCAGCUUCUCUAUCAUCUGAUUUAUGAAUUGAAGCCUUCACUUGAGAACUUGAGGACCCUCUGUGUUGCUUGUCAUGCUGAUGUCACCACUGCACAGUGUUCCGAACGUCGUAUUACUAGAAACAAAGCAAAGAAACUACUCAAAGAGGCAAUGCAGGGCCUAAUUAAUGACGACAAGUGUACGAAAAUUGAUAAUGUGCUGCAG